GUAAUGUGGUCUUACUUUUAAGCCAAACGUCAAGAAAGUUGGUCCAGUUGUAAGUGCAGGUUGUUAAAUAACGAAUACAGCCAACAUGGAAGCAGCAUUUCUUUACGUUAAAUCUGCCAUUUUCCCGAUAAAUCUUGAAUUAUUGAAGUUGAAAACCAUUUACUUUCUUUUCUACUCGUCGUUGUUUGCGUCACUGCCUUAUGUCUCCAUUAUCUCUACCCAAAUCGUCAAUUAUCAGCAAUUGUCUAUCAUCUUUUCCUGUGUCACAGUUAUUUCAACGGUGGGACCCAUCGUCACAGGAUUCGUAGCAGACAAAUUGGGCAUUUACAAGCCGAUUAUAAUCACGGCUGCGUUCAUUGUGGGAUUCAUUCAAUUACCGAUCCUCUGGCUAGAGACAGCGCACAAAAUCCAUGUAGCUGAACGGAACGACACCGUUCAAUUGGCUGGAAACGUAACACUGGCGCCCAGCUCUAACGCCGCCGUGCCACGGGACUACAUUUUCCCCAUUUUAUUGAUGAUUCGCGUUGUCGGCUUUAUAUUUUUUGAUGCCGCUACGACGCUUCUAGAUGCUGCUGGAUUGGCAAUGACGAAGAAGCACCAAGGAGACUUUGCCAAGCAAAAAACGGCAGGCUUUCUGAGUAUGAUUUUUAUUCCGGUAUUGUGCGGUCUGUUGAUUGACGCUAUCUCAGAUAAAUUAGGCUACAAGGAUUACUCGAUUGCGUUCUACAUUGCCACCGGGUUUAUAGUGAUUCUUAUGCCGAUACUCUACAGAAUGGAAGUCGAAGUUCAAAUGAACAAGCAAUCCAUAAUUUCAACAGCCAAAAAAGUUGUUGGCAUGAUCGACGUUGACGUUUUCCUUCUUGCCGAAAUCUUCGUGGGUUCUUGUAUGGGAUUUCAUAUGGCAUUUCUCAGCGUCUACGUCGAUGUUGAGCUGAUUGCAUCUAAAACUCUAUACGGACUGGCUUCCAGCUGCGGCGGAAUCAGUGCCGUGAUUUCGUUAUCUGUUGCAAAACCGAUUAUCGAUCGGUUGGGUGAGGCGAAUACGUUAGCAUUCGGAUUGGCGCUCUACUCCGUUCGAUUCGUCAUUUUUUAUUUUUUACAAAAUCCUUGGAUACUUAUUGUUACGGAAUCAUUAGAAGGAUUCUGUGGGUUUCUCGGCAUUACAACAGGCAGUUAUUUUUGUGCAGCGGCUGCUCCACCAGGAAUGCUGGCAUCCCUUAACGGGAUUCUGGCUGCAGCUACAAUGGGUCUUGGUAGAGGACUCGGCACAGCUGUUGGAAGCUUCCUUAUAUCGUCUUAUGGAAUUCGAUUGACGUAUCUACUGUUUGCCAUUCUAUCUGGUUCCAUAGCCAUUCUCUACCUGACCGCCUACCACCUGGUUUUGAAAAAGAUGGAACGUCGAAGGCUGGCUCAGCCCAAACGAGAUGAAGUGACAAUUGCAAAUGCGAAUGGUGAUUCCAGUAAAGGCGAUAUUGAAGCCACAGUUCUCUAGGAAAAAAAUAUUUCUUGACAGGACACAUAUGUCAUGUAAGUAUCACUAUAACAAACGGCUGUUGAACUGCAAACUAUUUUUUUUAUUGUUCAGGUUAACAUCGUGUAUUUUAACUGUAAAGUUGAGGAUUGAAUUGAAGACUUUUUUUUUUUUAAGUUAGAAAUGUAUUGUUCGGACGAUACACUAUACAGGCCAACAUACAAGAGUGGACACAAUUAUAUGAGAGCGCGCCAGCUUAUUACACAAAACAUACGAUAUAGUAGCGUAGACGGUCCACACAAGGACGUGGCAUUCUAGCCGCAAGCAGAGUCAGCCCAUUAGAACGUGAACUUUGCUGUUUAGUGUACUGUACCUUACAGCAAUCCAGGCCAUCGUCCUUCUUUCUCAACUGAUCAACAAUGACGCUGCUACUUUGCUCGGCUUGCCGAAAAUCUCACAUCGUCCUGAUUUUAAUAUCUUAUACUUGAUGUUCUAUCUACCAAACGCCCAUGGACAAUUGUGUGGCUUUGUUUGUUUCUUUUCCGUUCAUGGACACGUUUUACUAGCAGUACCAAAUUAUAGUGAUGUGUUUUACAAAUGGGUGAAAGAGUCGGGAUUGGAACGAGAUCCAGAAUGUCAGUGUCAAGUCCAGCAAGGACACAAGAUAAUUAACCAAUCAAGGGUCUUAUAGUAUUAUUUCAAACAAAAAUGCCAAUCCAUUUUCAAUCUAGACAAAAUUGUAAUAAACGCGUGACCGAUUUGU